CGGGUAUUUGUGGCCUCGACUGUCAAUCACUGGGUCCUAGCCGGUGAUUACUCGCCGGCACCCAGUGACUGCCGAGUAAUACUGAUGGGGGAGAGAACUGUAUUUAAACAAUACAGUUCACUCCCCUGUCAGCUCCUGCACACUGCUAUCCAUGGCUUUGCAUAGCAGAGCCAUUGAAGCACACACACAGAUUACAGUAACACAGCACACAGCACACAGGUAACCCUUUGAUAUCCUCACAUGUUAACCCCUUCCUGCCCAGUGCCAAUAGUACAUUGUCAGUGGUUUUUAUUAGCACUGAUCACUGUAUUGGUGUCACUGGGGAUGCCAGUGACACCAAGUCAGUUCCUCCCAGUGUCAGAAUGCCUGCCGCAGUCCCGCAGUCCCACUGUAGGUCGCUGA